AGCUGGCAUCCAAUACAAUGAAUAUAGCUAAGCGUCAGUUCUAAAUCCGCAUUAUUUCUUUGCGCUAUCCAUAUAUCUAAAACGUCUAACGCAGCAGCGAAAAUGAAGAAGCCAACUGUUAAAGUAACUCCGUCCUCCAGAGCAACAAAUGUAUCUACAUCAGGGAUUCUCCGCAUUAACCAAAGCACGACUAACACAAGUCGUGCAGCUGCUUCAGUUACCCGGAAAAGUUUCAGUUUAGCAGGAGACAGCAAACUUCUUGAUAAAAGCUCACACCAAACUGCGAAGCGUGUUGUUCAGGUUUUUGAUGACAGUGGCAAAGUUGUCACACCUCAGCCUCUCUACCAUGCAGACCCUGGUGCUGUGUCCAAACUGAGCAAAAUCUUCACAGGCCAUGAUGUCUCCGGUGCUACUGCCUCAGAUUUCUUCUCUAUCACAUACCAGACAACCAAUGCAAGCUCUGCUGGGCCUUUUACCAAGUCAGUUUUUGGAAGCAGCACAAUGUCAAGAUCAAGCCAGUCCACCAUGGGAUCGCUGAGUGAUGAAACGGAGGAUCCUUCUUCCAAACGUUACAUUUCUAAUAGCCUUUCUGAUGUACAAGUCAGGAGGGAGGAGGUGAAAGAGCAAAUUAGAGAAGACAUGUUGGAUGAUGUAGUGGAUAGACAUUUAAGUGAAACAGAUACUAUCUGGUUACUGGACUUGCCUGGCAUUUCUGUGUCUGUGGAGUCAGAGGAGGCUGCAACUGUGACAGAGAAAAACAAGGAAUACACAGAGCUGUGUCAAAACAAAAUGGGGAAUGACAAAUAUGUGGAAAGAAUGAUGCAGACUUUCAACGGAGCCCCAAAAUCCAAACAGGUCCAGAGUGAGACGAUCGCCAUGGUGGAUACUGGCAUUACCGUGACCACCUGGGACAUGUAUGACACUUUUUCCUCCAUUGGGGUCAGUGAGGCCGCAAAGUCGACAGAGAAAGAGAAGCCAAGCGGCCUUGAGGCUGUCUCAGAGCACAGGCCCGAUGCAGCCAGAAGUUCAGAGAGCGCCACGCCCGUCACCAGCAGCAUCAUAAGCACAGGAAGUAGCUCCAGUUCACAUGGAGAGGCAGAUGCUUUCAUUGAGACCAAAGAUGAAGUGGACCCUCAGCUGAUUCUGCAGUCUGAGAAGUUUCAGCACAGUUUGUUUAUAAUGGAGAGGAUUCUCCUUGAGAACAUCUUGCAGCCCAAGUUGGCAGCCUAUAGACAGCUCCCCAUCCUGGAAGAUCCAUAUAGUGAAAUGGGCAGUGAGGAUGCUGGCAAAGAUGUAGAGAAAGAGGAAGGCCCUCUGACACCUGCUCUGGAGCGUUUGUGGUCCUACAGCUGUGUGCACACUGCAGGUCUGAGCAUCACCAGCAUGACCUGGAACAAGCGCAACCCGGAUCUUUUGGCUGUGGGUUAUGGGACCUUUGAAUUUAAAGAAGAUAAACCUGGGCUAGUCUGUUGCUGGUCUCUGAAAAAUCCCAUGUGGCCGGAGCGAAUGUUCCAGUGUGGCAGUAGUGUGACUGCGCUGGACUUUUCUGCAAACAACAGCAGCCAGCUGGCCGUUGGGAUGAGAGACGGGACCGUAGCCACAUACAGCGUGCAGAGUAACGACCAAACACAAGUCGUCGACAGCAGGGACUGCAGCCACAAGCACUCUGGCAUGGUGUGGCAGGUGAAGUGGAUUAACAUGGAGAGGGCCGUGAUGGCCGAGGACAAAGGCGAGGCCCUCAUUUCAGUGUCCGCGGAUGGAAGGCUCUGCAAGUGGUUCAUGAGGAAAGGCCUGGAAUGCAUCGACAUGAUGAAGCUGAAAAGAACGGAAACAUCCAAAAAGGCAGAGGAGAAGGAGGGGAAGGGCGAGGUGCUGAUCUCGCGACAGGCACCGGGGCUGUGCUUCGAUUUCCACACAGAGGAUACAAUGAACUACCUGGUCGGCACGGAGGAAGGUUAUAUUCACAAGUGCUCAUGUUCAUACAAUGAACAAUAUAUGGACACAUACAGGCAGCAUGAAGGGCCUCUGUACAGGAUCACAUGGUCUCCGUUUUGCCCAGACAUCUUCCUCAGCUGUGCAGCAGACUGUGCUGUCCAGCUAUGGAGGCAGGACUUGAUGCGGCCUAUUCUACGCUUCAUGUCUGGCCAGAGGGCCGUGUUCGACGUCGUGUGGUCCCCGAAGUGGGCCACCGUCUUCGGCACGAUCAACGACGACAGGGUGGAGAUCUGGAACCUGGGCUCCUGCAUCCUGGAUCCCACCAUCGUGAGCUUGGCUAGCCCAGGGGUAAAAUUUACCUCACUCCUGUUUGCCACUGAUACAGACUGUGUUCUGGUGGGGGACAGUGAAGGCCAGGUCAGUGUCUACCAGCUGAAGAACCUGGAAAUCGGAGAAGGCCCCCAGGUGGACACAUUAGAAGAAAUAAUUAGGUCAACCCUCUCCAGUCGGCACUAACAAUACCAACAGCUAGUAAAUGGCAUGCUGGUUUGGGAAAAUGCGGCUUUGUACCAUAAAUACUACAUUGUUGAUACAAUUACCAUAUCCAUUUUGUCAUUGUCAUAAAAGUAAUAUCUGUUAAAUCAGAAAAGAGCCAGACAGACUGUAUCCUUUCAGAAUGUGAUUACUGGAACAUGUAUCUGCUCUGACCCUGUUGUUUAACCUCUUGCACUCAACAAAAUAAAUAAAUUGCAAAAAAGACCAAGAAAAUAAGUAUACAGUACAACCUUGCAGUGCGAGUGCACCAGUCUACGAGUAAUUUGUUGUACGAGCCGAGGCUCGUGCAAAUUUUUGUCUUGAAGUACGAGUGGAAAUCCACAGUACGAGCGAGGUUCAUACAGCGACUGCUAGUUGGUGCUGAGCUCGCACACGCUCUCCCAACAAGUGCGGCCACCGCUCGCUCAGUUCACGCGGAUAUUUAAGGUAAUUAAAUUAAUAAAACCAGUUUACAUGAUUUCUUUUGCAUUCUCUUUUACUGUUAUUAUGUUUUCAUAAUUGUCAUUUUUCUUGUAACUACACCUUUUCUGUUUUAAAACCCAUAAAAAAGAUUUUUGGGUGAUUUUUGGGAGUUGGAACGGAUUAAUUAUAUUUAAAUUAAUUUAAAUGGGGAAAAUUCAUUUGUAAAACGAGUAAAUCAUAAAACGAACUCGGUCAUGAACGAAUGAAACUUGUACUGUGAAGUAUCACUGUACUGUCUUUUGGGAUCUGACCUUGAUUAUCUGUGCUUCUACACUAAUAAAAAGGUCUAGUUUCAUGCUCAAAAUGUGUGUAUAGUCAUGAAAGGGAGUAGUCAGUUAAACAUGACAGACUAGUUUUAUCUGGAGUCAAUUGCACAUUCAAUAUAAGCUAAGUUAGUCUGGCCAGUUUGGUGAUAUACAGUGUACAUCACUGGCAGGAGCCAUGGAAACAUUGAUGUGAUUGUGACCAAUCCUAGAGUUGUUUGCCAUGAGAGGUAAUUCAUGGACUCUAAAUGAGCUAAUUGCAAUACUCUUUGGCAGAUUACUACAAUA